AACUAAAAGAAGAAAUAGUUAGUGGUUGGUUGUCUUUUUUCUGAUACAUCGGAUCGGUAGGAGGAGAAUCCGACUUCUUUAAAAAAAGAAAAAAAAAGUUUUGAGAGUGUGGCCACUCUGGAGACAGUCAGACAGGUCUUCUUCUUCUAUCAUUCUUCUUCUUCUUCUGGGUUUAUUCCUUUCACUUUCCUCCAUCUCUCUCUCUCUCUCUUGAUCUGAAUCCCAAAACUCAUUUUUUCAAGAAAUUCAGCAUUGUAUUUUGUAAUCGAUCAACUACAUCUUUCUUCUAAUCGAGUUCGGCGGUGCUGGUCGGUGACUAUGUCUUCGAAGACAAAAACUAGUUUGUCCGAAGCUCCUCCGGGGAAAUCGUCUCCCGCAACUCCAAAAGCGGCGAGAUUGAGUAGGGCGGUGAAUAAAUCUGAGACCACCACUUCACCAAGUUCACGCCUUUCACUUGAUCGCUCUUCCCCUGCUUCAAAGUCUUCUUCUUCUGUUGAGAGACGCUCACCAAAGGUCCCAACUCCACCUGAGAGAACUCAAGCGCGGGCAGCAGCGAAAGGAUCAGCAGAACCAACGGAGAGUCGGUUGACUCUGACUCAAAUCAAGGAAGAUCUCAAGAAAGCUAACGAGAAGAUAACUUCCUUAGAGAAGGAGAAAGCCAAAGCGCUCGAUGAACUCAAAGAAGCCAAGAAAGAGUCCGAAGAAGCAUCUCUGAAGUUAAACGAGGCUUUAAAAGCUCGGAAAAGCCUCGAGGAGAACUCAGAGAUGGAGAAGUUUCGAGCUGUUGAGGAAGGGAUCGAGGCGGUUCAGAAGAAAGAAGAAGAGCUGAAGAAAGAACUCGAGAAUGUCAAGAACCAACACGCUUCGGAUUCAGCUUCUCUUCUUUUGGCUAAGCAGGAGGUUCAGAGAGUCAACGAAGAGUUGGCCAAGGCCAAUGAGGUCAAGAGCCAGGCUGAGAUCUUAUCUUCUGAGCUUACGCGGUUGAAAGCUUUGCUUGAUUCAUCGGAAAGCGAGAUGGUUGCCAAACUAGAAGAGGAGAUUGAUGUUUUAAAAAAAGAUCUCGAGAGAGCGAGAAGCUUUGAGGCUGAGGUGAAAGAACAAGAGAUGAUCAUCAAGAAGCUUAACGCUGAUCUGGAAGAUUCCAAGAAGGGAGAGUCUUGUGCACAGAGCUUAUCCGAGGAGUGGAAGAGCAAAGCCAGAGAGCUUGAGGAAGAGUUAAAAGAAGCUAAUGAUCUAGAGAGAUCCGCCUCUUUAUCUCUGGAGUCUGUGAUGAAACAGCUCGAAGGAAGCAAUGAUAAGCUGCACGACGCAGAAUCCGAACUCACUGAUCUCAAGGAUCAGAUCUUGACGUUGGAGACAACAAUCGCUAGACAGAAGGAGGAAUCUGAGAAACUGUCUAAGAUUGAGAAAGAAGUUGAUAGCUUAAAGAACAAGCUUGAAGCGAAGGAGGAGGAGAAGAACCGAGCGUUAGAUAAGGAGCAAGACGCUUCUCUAAACGUACAAAGACUCUUGGAACAGAGGAAGAAGCUCUUAGCGGAUCUAGAAACCUCGAAGGUGGAAGAGGAGAAGAGCAAGAAAGCGAUGGAGAGCUUAGCUUCUGCGUUACACGAAGUCUCUAGCGAAGGAAGAGAGUUGAAAGAGAAGCUGAUGAGCCAAGGCGGAGGAGACCAAGAGUACGAGACGCAGAUAGAAGACUUGAAGCUUGUCAUCAAAGCGACCAGCGAGAAGUACGAGACGAUGCUUGACGAAGCGAGGCACGAGAUCGAUGUGCUGGUGAGCGCGGUGGAGCAGACGAAGAAGCAUUUCGAGAGUUCGAAGAAGGAGUGGGAGAUGAAGGAAGCUAACUUGGUGGAUUACGUGAAGAAGAUGGAGGAGGAGGUUGCGAAGAUGGGGAAAGAGAUGAGUAGGUUGGAUGGUUUGAUGAAGAGGACGGAGGAAGAAGCUGACGCGGCUUGGAAGAAGGAAGAGGAGACGAGAGAGAGUUUGAAAGAGGUGGAGGAUGAGGUUGUUUCUCUUCAGGAGUCUCUCGGGGAAGCGAGAGAAGAAAGCGUGAGGCUUAAGGAGAAUCUGUUGGAGAAAGAAACUGAGUUUGAAAGCGUUGUUCAAGAGAACGAGGAGCUGAGGGGAAAGGAAGAGGUUGCUUUGAGGAAGAUUGAGGAGUUAUCAAAGUUACUAGAGGAAGCAAUGUUGGCCAAGAAGGAAGAGGAGGAAGUGGAGCUCAGUGAGAGUGAUAAAGAGUAUGAUUUGUUACCAAAAGUGGUUGAGUUUUCUUCUGAGAACGGUCAUAGAAGUGUAGAAGAAGAAGAAGCUAUCAGCAAUGGCAAUGGUGUGGAGGAGAAAGACAUGAAUGGAAAGCCCGAGGAGGCAAAAACAGAGGUGAAGGAGAAGAAAGAAGAGUCUGUAGAUGAUGACAAAGAUGAUUCAGUUGAAGUAAUAUUCAAAAUGUGGGAAAGUUGCCAAAUAGAGAAGAAAGAAGCUGUUCCGGACAAGAAAGCAGAACUAGAGUCUCAGGGAGUAGAAGAAGAUUCAAGGAAAGUAGAUGAAAGCGAUAAGGCCUCGACAGAGAACGUUGAUGAAACUGCAGAAGAUGAGGUUGUGAUGGAGAAGAAACUCAACAAGAAGAAGAAGACUUUGCUUGGUAAAGUUGGGAACCUUCUCAAAAAGAAAGCAGCAGUGAACCCGAAAUAACAAACUCUUGGAGGGUAAGGAAGAAAACAUUAAAAAAGCUUGUUAUAUGUAGAAAGAAACCUCAAACAUUUAUACAUUUGUAUACUCUUUUGAUUUGCGUCAGUGUUCUUUAUAUAUAUCUUUGUUGGUUA